CUAUCCUGUUCUUCCCGUGCCACGGCCACUUCGCCUUGCGGCUGCCGCCCUCCUCCGCCGCCGCCCCGACCCUCUUCCUCCCCAAGCCCUUCAAGGACUCUCCACUCCCGCGUCUCCGGAGAAGCGGCGAUAUGUACGGCAUCCUGACCUCCCCUUGCCCUCGGGCCCCGUUUCUCCGCGCUCUCCCGAGCCCAUCCGCCCGCGCAUUCCCCAGAACCCUAGCCUUCCCCGCGAGGCCCCUCUCCCGCGGCCUCCGCCUGACCCCUCCUCCGCGCGCUGCCACGGAGGCGUCGGCGUCGGCGGCAGCCACGGCGCUGGGCGGGCUGCUGGCGUCGCCGCUGUCGACGCUGGAGGCCGCCCUGCGGGGCCUCAACCUCGCGCCCCUCCGCGCCCCCGUGGCGGCGGCGAUGUCGGCGGCCGUGCGGUGGCUGGGAGUGUACCGGGAGGUGCUGCUCGUCGGCGUGCUGCUCUCCUGGUUCCCCAACAUCCCCUGGGACCGCCAGCCCUUCUCGGCGUUGCGCGACCUCUGCGACCCCUUCCUCGCCCUCUGCCGCGAGGUCAUGCCCCCUGUGUUUGGCCGCAAGCUCGACCUCAGCCCGCUUGUUGCGUUCAUGGCUAUUGACAUCAUCAUCAUGAUCCUGCGCCCACAGCCACGCAUGUGAUGACUCUCUGCAGCAUUGGGUUGGAGAAUGUUUGGUUGGUAUGUAAGGCUCUGACUGCAAGAACAAGCAUCUAAGGCUGUAUUCGGUCAUGAGAUGGCAAAGAAAGGUGCUGUGCUGCUCACCUCUAUCAGUACAGAAGUGGUGGUUGGAUGGAUUAGUUUUGCGAUCUUAGCAUAGCGGUUAUGAAGGUUGUCAUGCAAUAUAAAUGAUUUUGAGGUGGCUUCAUUGGCAGAACUUCUUCCUUCUUUUUACAGUGUUUGGUGGUUGCUGUAGUAAUAUAUAUGUUGGCUACGUAUACGUAUUGGUAAUCACAGUUUAGGUCUGUGCUCUCACAUUGAAUCACUCUGUUAAUCUCUUAUAUUGUAUGGCAUAGUCGCGUCUUUUGAUGUGAUCCUGAGAAUUGGAUCUUCUCGAGGAUAAAGAUGAACGGCCUCUCCUUGAAUUGAAA